AUGUCCGAUAGCUCGCAGCAGCAACGGACGUUGCGGAACGCGGUACGCGCCGAGAGGACGACAACUUCUUGUGGGGAGUGCAGGAGGAGGAAGCAGAAGCCGGAUACCGGGAACGUCUACCUUCCUGACACCAGCGAGAGCAGGUGGGCGCGGUCCCUUCCUUCCAGCACUCCCCGGAGCCCCAAUUCGGAAUCGGCAACAGAUCAACCUACAAGCGGCACACAAUGGCUAGACACGGAGCCUCCCAACAUUGAUGCUGGACAUGUCCCGCCGUCAGUCUCGUGGCUUCCACUGGUCAAUCCUGACCGCAGCAUACUAGAUGCCGAUACGUUCCAGGCAUCGCAGCAAGUCCUGUCACACCGACUCGCAGUCCCAAAACUGGUCCUCGAAAUCUUUGACGCGAACCGUGACAACGAAAAUGUCUUACAGCAUCGACUGAGUCCUGGAGCCUGGUCUCAUCAAGCAGGGUCUAGGACACCAUUCCCAGAGCGACCCAUCAGUGGUAUAGAUGAGCAAAUAGCCGUUUUGCCUGUGGAUCAAACCGCUCUGAACAAGAAGCUACUCAGAAUGUAUAUCGCGGUCCUUUCGCGCUUCAAAGCCUCCAUCAACGGCGACCCAAGCCCCAACAACCCUUUCAUCCGAUACUACUCUCCCUUCUGCCUCCAAGAUCCCCUGGUGAUGCGGAUCAUCCUCUACACUUCGGCCUGCUUUCUCCACGAAACAGGGGAUGUACGGACAGAGGUUCUGCGAACCUACAAAGGCCAAGCCAUCGCUAUGCUCAACGAAAACCUCACGCCGGACAACGGCAAACGCACAGCACCAAACACCACCGCACUCACCACAGCCGAUGCAAACAGUUCCACCGCGGUAGGAAGACAAAAACCCAGCGAUGCAGCCAUCGCAGGCGUCAUUCAGCUCACUGUAGCUGAGUGGUACUGGGGCGAUAUGGAACAGGACCUACGAUACCACCUCAUGGGCUUGCGAGACAUGAUCAGAUUACGCGGCGGCUUCAAUCAGCUCGGCAUGGACGGCCUCUUGGCGAAAACCGCCAUCGUUCACGAUGUCUCCAUAUCCCUCGCCCACGAAAACAGUCCACUGCUACUGACUCUGUCGCCCUCGGACGACGACCGUAGAGGCCAUGGAAGCGGAUACGAAGGGGCGACGGGGUCAACGACAACAGCUGGAGCGGAAAAUUCAGCAUAUCGAAUCUCGGCGAUGCCGUACGCUUUCAUCGACCCUAUAAAAGACGUGCCCCUUCGUCUAGCGAAUCUAUCGCCAAUGGUUACACAUCUACCAUGUAGCGGAUUACUACCGUCUUUCUCCGAUUGUGCCACGAGUCUGCGUAUCCACCCGGCGACGGCCUCCAUACUUGACAAUGUGAGGUAUCUCCUCAGCGCCGUCGACGCGAUUUACGGCGAAUCGGCGACAUCGGCGAUGGCAACUAUCCAAGCCUCACUCAAGGCCCGACCGAUGGGAAAGUACAUGUAUGAACAUAUCACCAGUCUUAAUCCUACUAUUCCGGGAUAUUGUCAGGGCCUCUCUCCAAAUCCUUCGACUCGCACGAGCUCGCCGCCCAAUAGCGACUAUUCCGCCGCCGUCGACAGAGAGGCUGUACGAAGCGGGAGCAUGUCCAGCACAGGCACUGCAGCCGGACUUGGUUCCGUUGGCCCGGGCCGAUCACCUUCGGGUCCGAAUUCCGACUCCACCACCACAUCCGAAUGGUCGUCAACUAAGUCACACACCCGAGACGCUAGCGAUUCUCCGACGAGCCCUCGAUCCGUAUACCACCAGCAGCAGAGUCCGGACUUCAUGUACCAGGUUAUCCGAUUGACAGCGUUACUUUACACGCGGGCCGUCAUGACCAGGACGCCGCUGAGCGGGACGUGCACGGAAUCGGAAUUUCUGCAGAUCUGGACGACAACAUGGCGCGUACCCCUGUCGACAUGGAAUGAUGCCGUGGGCAUAUUUCACUGGAUUAUGCUGGCUAUCGCGCCGGCAUGCCACCGGACGCCGCACGCGCGCUUCGUGAAGAAUAUGAUGACGAUCAGCACCCUCACGCUCGGAGUGGAAAACUGGGCAAUGGCUAUGGGUGCCGCGACGACCGGCAUGCGGCUGCAGCAUUGGCUCGAGGGUCAAGACAUGGGAGAGCAGGAGGAGAAGGAAGAGGAGGAGAUGAGGGAUGGAGCGGCAUCAGCAAGAGGGGAAAGGCGCUCCGGGCGCGAAGAGCGGUGA